UCUGCCACAAUGACUGAGAGUCCAGAAAAAAAGCGAAAAAUCUCGCAUAAAAUUGAUUACAAUGCACUCCAUUUGAGUUCCUUUGUCGAACAAAAACAUUGUGACAUCAAGUUUGAAUGCAAAGACAUUUCUGGCUGCCCUUCAAUCAUUGGAGCUCACAAAAUGAUGCUGAUGUCUGUGAGCGAAGUCUUCGAAACGAUGUUUUAUGGUGAUGCAGAAGGAAGUUCUGGAGUUAACAACGAAAUUUUUGUGAUUCAGGACAUCACGAUGGAGACUUUUAAGCAUUUUCUGGGGUUUAUUUAUGGACUUGAUAUUCAACUAAAAAACGCUCAGAAUGUCUCUGACUUUUACUACGCCGCACAAAAGUACGCUUGCAAGGAUGCUCUGCUGUUUGUUCAUGAAGUCGCCAUAAAUAGUCUCUGCUUAAACAAUUGUUUGGUAUUUUAUGAAACGGCGUCACGUCACUCUGAUGACACUUUGAAAGCUGCUUGCAUCCAGAUCUUUAAGGUACAAAUUAACGAUUUACUUUCCUCCUCGGAAUUUUUAAAAGCCGCUCCUGAAACUAUCAAUUCCCUUUUUGAGCUUGAUUUUCCAGCAGUUUUUUCCGAAAUUGAUUUUUUGUGGGCUCUCGAACGUUACAUUCGUCACAAUGACAAAACUGACUCCGAAAUUGCUUCGAAAGUUCGUUCAGCUCUCAAGCAAAUUCGUUUCUUGACAUUACAUGAAAAUGACAUUCAGGCAACUUUUUUGUUGACGGAUGAGGAAAAAGAAGCUCUGAUCAAAUGUUUGCCUGAUGAUGCCAAUUUGUCAGAAAUGCCUGAGGGAUUUUCCGUUUUGUGCAAAAAACGUCAGUUUAGACUUUAUAUUGUCAAAGCUGAUGUUCAGUUAUUCGCCAGGAUGCAAGAAAUUCAUAACAGAAAGACAUGUAGCAAAUGUUCGUUUGCUAAUAACCAUACUUUAUGGGAAUGUUCCAAAGUCGCAGGCAAUAAGCAGCAAAUUAAAGAUAUUUAUGAGAAAUAUCAACAUAAGGAUUUGACUUUGUACACUCAUGAUGACUUAGAAGCACUUUAUGCGGCUUACAAAAAAACUGGACUCAUAAAUUGAGUGAAAUUUUGCAAAAAAAAAUUUUUUGUAAAUACAAAACUGGAAAUUUAUUCAAAAAAAGCUACAAAUCCGUGAAAUCAACUAACAGUUUUUGGUCUUUCUGUCUCCUCUUCACUCUCUUCCGGCACCGUUUGCUGCACAAUACUCGUCUUUCGUGCCAACAAAUGUUCACUUGCGACUGAUUCUGAGUUCACUCUGCGGUUCAUGACUUGCAUCUCGGAUCCUUCUGAUGUGACAGGAAUUUUUGGCGGAACUUCUUCUUUUUCACCUUUGCAACAACAACACAACCAACUUGACAUUUUUAAUAAUUUUUAAUUUUUUUACCAAAAUAACGUUUAAACUGAUUAACUUGUUUGCGUUUAAGAGUUAAAAAUAGAA